AUGUGGAAAAUACCAAGGAGGUUUUCACUCACUGGUAGAUUGUGUUGCUUUCCCAAGGAUCCACUGGAGGAUGUUGAGACUUGGAGUGAGUCCGUGGACAAAGUCCUCGGUUGCAAAGGUGGACAGAUAGCUUUCCGGGAGUUCCUGAAGUCUGAGUAUAGUGAGGAGAACAUACUGUUUUGGCUCGCCUGUGAGGAGUACAAAAAAAUCAAGACGGUCCCAGAUAUGAUCUCCUCUGCCAACAGGAUCUACUCAGAGUUUGUCCAAACUGAAGCACCGAGACAGAUCAAUAUAGAUUGCGGUACCAGAGAAAACAUAACAAAGAACAUCUCCCAGCCGACCCUGACUUCAUUUGAUACAGCACAGAAGCUCAUCUACAGUCUGAUGGCCAGGGAUUGCUACCCGCGGUUCCUAAAAUCUGACAUCUAUCAGGGACUCCUGAGGAGAAACGAUUCAAGGUGA